AAGAACGAUCAAAUGAUGGGAAGAAAGGUGGAGAUUUGCAUAGUUCUUCAUUGACUGUUGAGUGUUCUAAAAAUUCAGAGAUUGAACCAAAGAAUUCUCCAGAGGAUCUUGGACUGUCUUUGACAGGGGACUCCUGUAAGUUGAUGCUUUCUACAAGUGAGUAUAGUCAGUCCCCAAAGAUGGAGAGCCUGAGUGAGCACAGAAUUGAUGAAGAUGGAGAAAACACACAGAUUGAGGAUACUGAACCCAUGUCUCCUGUUCUUAAUUCUAAACUUAUUCCUGCUGAAAAUGACAACAUCUUAAUGACUCCAGCACAGGAUGUUCAAGUAGAACUGAUUCAUAAUGAUGACAAAGCAAAGGAGGAUGACACAGAAACCAGAGAUGACAGUAGUAUUUUAACCACUGACUGCAAAGGGAGAGAAGAGACUGCAGCAGAAGAUGUUUGUAUAGAUCUCACAUGUGAUUCAGGGAGCCAGGCGGUUCCUUCUCCAGCUACUAGAUCUGAGGCACUUUCCAGUGUGUUAGAUCAGGAGGAAGCCAUGGACAUUAAAGAACAGCAUUCUAUAGGAUCUGAUGUGGAGGAAAUCCCUGAGACUCCUUGUGAAAGUCAAGGAGAGGAGUCCAAAGAAAACAUGGAGACUGUCCCAUUACACCUCCCUCUGACUGAAACUCAAUCUCAAGGAUUGUGUCUUUCAAAGGAAGCCCCGAAACAAGAAUGCCAAGAAGCUAUGGAGGUUGAAACCAGUGUGAUUAGUAUUGAUUCUCCCCAGAAGCUUCCAGUACUUGACCAGGAACUGGAGCAUAAGGAUCAGGAAGCUUGGGAAGAAGCUACUUCAGAGGACUCAAGUGUUGUAAUUGUUGAUGUGAAGGAACCAUCUCCCAGGGUUGAUAUUUCUUCUGAACCUUUGGAGGCAGUGGAAAAAUGCUCAGAUUCCCAGUCGUGGGAAGAUGAUGUUCCAGAAAUAGAGCGAUGUGCUGAGAAUAGAGCAGAUAACCAAGAGCAAAAGAGUGCAGAAUAUGAAGGAAAUUUGAAAUCAGUGGAUGCAGAAAAAGAACCUAUAGAGGCAGACUCUCCCCAACCUCCCUUGACCUUAGUGAGAGCAGAUGAUGCUCUAAGAUCUAAUCAGGAGAUGCAGCUGACCCAAGCUCAAGAGGAAAAGUCAGUAACAGGAGACUCAAAAAUUACUAAUGCAAAGCAGCUGGGUUCAAGUGUGGACGCUCAGCCGCUGGAGAAGGCUCCUGUCCAUGCUUCGCAAAGCUUCUGUGAAAGCUCUAGUGAAACUCCAUUUCAUUUCACUUUGCCUAAGGAAGGUGAUAUUAUCUCACCACUGACGGGUGCAACUCCACCUCUCAUUGGGCACCUAAAACUGGAGCCCAAGAGACACAGUACUCCUAUUGAUAUUAGCAGUUACCCCGAACGUGCCAUAGCAGCCAGUGAUGUGAUGUCUGAAAGCAUGAUGGAGACCAACGAUCCCAUACUUGAGAAUGAAAAAGGAGGUUCUGGGGCACCCCUAGAAACCGAUGACAAAUUGUCUCUAAGAAUGAAACUGGUUAGUCCUGAGACUGAGGCAAGUGAAGAGUCUUUGCAGUUUAACCUGGAAAAGCCUGCAAUUGGUGAAAGAAAAAAUGGAUCUGCUACUGUUGCUGAGGCUGUUGCCAGUCCUCAGAAGACCAUAUCUGUGCUUAGCUGUAUCCAUGAAACCUUUGAAACCCAGCAAGAGAAUGAUACUCGAAAUCAGGAUUCCCCCUCAGCACCCAUCAGGGGGAAUUUUCGCCUUUUUGCAAGUACUCCAGAGAAAGAGAAGGAAAAGUUGGAAGGUGACCAAAGGACCAGUCAGCGUCAACAGUCUGUGACGCCCAGUAGGCCUGUCAAAGACCCUGAUUUUCCUGCUUCUCAACAGAUGACCACACAAAGACCAUCUAGUCCUCAAGGGGAAAAAAUGAAGAUAGAUGUCUUCUUAGAUCAGAAAGAAAUUGAAAAUUCUAACCAGGAUAAAUCUAGUAAGAGCAUAAUUGAAAGGCCCAGCCAGAACAACAUAGGAAUCCAGACCAUAGAGCAUUCUCUGCGGGUCACAGAAACUGCUUCAGCAGCAACCCAGACUGUGAAGAAUGUGUGUGAACAGGGCACCAGUACAGUGGAACAAAACUCUGGCAAGCAGGAUGCCACAGUGCAGACUGAGAGGAGGAGUGCUGAGAAACCAGCCAGUGCUCCUGGGGAUGACACAGAGUCUCUUCAUAGCCAGGCAGAGGAAGAGUUUGAGAUGCCUCAGCCUCCACAUGGCCAUGUUUUGCAUCGCCACAUGAGAACAAUCCGUGAGGUUCGAACCCUUGUCACUCGUGUCAUCACAGACGUGUACUAUGUGGAUGGGACAGAAGUAGAAAGAAAAGUGACUGAGGAGACUGAAGAACCAAUUGUAGAGUGUCAGGAGUGUGAAACCGAAGUUUCCCCAUCACAGACUGGGGGCUCCUCGGGUGACCUGGGGGAUAUCAGCUCCUUCUCCUCCAAGGCAUCCAGCUUCCACCGCACGUCAAGUGGGACAAGCCUUUCAGCCAUUCACAGCAGUGGCAGCUCAGGGAGAGGAGCCGGACCACUCAAAGGGAAAGCCAGCGGGACAGACCCCGCAGAUUUUGCCUUGCCCAGCUCCCGAGGAGGCCCAGGAAAACUGAGUCCUAGAAAAGGGGUCAGUCAGACAGGGGCGCCACUGUGUGAGGAGGAUGGUGAUGCAGGCCUUGCCAUCAGACAGGGAGGGAAGGCUCCAGUCACGCCUCGUGGGCGCGGGCGAAGGGGCCGCCCGCCUUCUCGGACCACUGGAACCAGAGAGACAGCUGUGCCUGGCCCCUUGGGCAUAGAGGAUAUUUCACCCAGUAUGUCACCAGAUGAUAAAUCCUUCACCCGAGUUGUGCCCCGAGUGCCAGACUCCACCAAACGAGCAGAUGUGGGUGCUGGUGCUUUGCGUAGAAGCGACUCUCCAGAGAUUCCUUUCCAGGCUGCUGCUGGCUCUUCUGAUGGCCUGGAUACCUCCUCUCCAGGGAACAGCUUUGUAGGGCUCCGUGUUGUUGCCAAGUGGUCAUCCAAUGGCUAUUUUUACUCGGGGAAAAUCACACGAGAUGUUGGAGCUGGGAAAUACAAAUUGCUCUUUGAUGACGGGUAUGAGUGUGAUGUGUUGGGCAAAGACAUUCUGCUGUGUGACCCCAUCCCACUGGAUACUGAAGUGACAGCCCUCUCAGAGGACGAGUAUUUCAGUGCAGGAGUGGUGAAAGGUCAUAGGAAGGAGUCUGGAGAGCUGUACUACAGCAUUGAAAAAGAAGGCCAAAGGAAGUGGUAUAAGCGGAUGGCUGUCAUCCUGUCCUUGGAGCAAGGAAAUCGGCUGAGAGAGCAGUAUGGCCUUGGUCCCUAUGAGGCAGUCACGCCUCUCACCAAGGCGGCAGACAUCAGCUUGGACAAUUUGGUGGAAGGGAAGCGGAAACGACGCAGUAACAUCAGUUCCCCAGCCACCCCUACUGUCUCCAGCAGCAGCAGCACAACUCCUACCCGGAAGAUCACGGAGAGUCCCCGUGCUACUGGAGUUCCUUCAGGCAAAAGAAAACUCACUGUUUCUGAAGAAGAACGGUCCCCUGCUAAGCGAGGCCGGAAGUCUACUACUGUGAAACCUGGUGCCGUGGGGGCAGGAGAGUUUGUGAGCCCCUGUGAGAGUGGAGACAACAUGGGCGAUGCCGCCACCCUGGAGGAGCAGAGAGGACCUUUACCCCUCAACAAGACCUUGUUUCUGGGCUAUGCCUUCCUCCUCACCAUGGCUACGACCAGUGACAAGCUGGCCAGCCGUUCCAAACUGCUAGAUGGUCCUACAGGGAGCAGCGAGGAAGAGGAAGAAAUUUUAGAAAUUCCUCCCUUCAACAAACAGUACACAGAAUCCCAGCUUCGAGCAGGAGCUGGCUAUAUUCUCGAAGACUUCAAUGAAGCCCAGUGCAACACAGCCUAUCAGUGUCUCUUAAUUGCGGAUCAGCACUGUCGAACCCGGAAGUACUUCCUGUGCCUUGCCAGUGGGAUUCCUUGUGUGUCUCAUGUCUGGGUCCAUGACAGUUGUCAUGCCAACCAGCUCCAAAAUUACCGUAAUUAUCUGCUGCCAGCUGGGUACAGUCUUGAGGAACAAAGAAUUCUGGAUUGGCAACCCCGUGAAAACCCCUUCCAGAACCUGAAGGUACUUUUGGUAUCAGACCAACAACAGAACUUCCUGGAGCUCUGGUCUGAAAUCCUUAUGACUGGGGGGGCAGCCUCUGUGAAGCAACACCAUUCAAGUGCCCAUAACAAAGGUACCCAGAAAAAUGUGUGUUAUUACUCCUAGGAGAUCUUUAAACAUAGCUGUUAGGCCUCACGGCCUGAGUUCAGUACUGAUAGGUACUGCCUUCAGAAGCUGAGUCAGCAGAAGUGAGACACUAAGCUGUUUAUACUUCUACUGGUGUCCAGUGAUAUAUCUGUUAAAUGUUUUGUAUUGUGAUUAGUAGCACUGUUUAACGAGAAGGGCUGUGGCUUUGGCUGGGGCAGAGCGGGAUGCAGUGACUCAGUUGCCUUUUUUUUUUUCACUUACCUCUCCCUGCUUCCUACAGAUAUUGCUUUAGGUGUAUUUGAUGUGGUGGUGACAGACCCCUCGUGCCCAGCCUCGGUGCUGAAGUGUGCUGAAGCAUUACAGCUGCCUGUGGUGUCACAGGAGUGGGUGAUCCAGUGCCUCAUUGUUGGGGAGAGAAUUGGAUUCAAGCAGCAUCCAAAAUACAAACACGAUUAUGUUUCUCACUAA